AUGGCCCUCCCUGCUCUCUCUGGUGUUGAGGCCGCUAAGCGUCUGGCUGCUUACGCCGCUGUCGACCGUCACGUCCUCAAGGGCUCCAAGCUCGUCGGUAUCGGUUCUGGCUCGACCGUUCCCUACGUCGUCGACCGCAUCGUCCAGCAGGGUGUUGAGGCCAACAAGGACCGCCUCUUCUUUCCCACUGAUCAGCUGUCGUCAUCUGCGCCACGAGCUAACUUUGCAGGCUUCCAGUCGAAGCAGCUCAUCAUCGACGCCGGUCUUCAGCUCGGUGACGUCGACCAGUACACCCGCCUCGACGUCUGCAUUGACGGUGCCGAUGAGGUCGAUGCCCAGCUGAACUCGAUCAAGGGCGGCGGCGCUUGCCAGCUUCGCGAGAAGGUCCUCGCCGACAUGUCCGACGUCUGGGUCACUGUCGCCGACUUCCGCAAGAACUCCGAGAUCCUCGGCCAGAACUGGAAGCAGGGUAUCCCCGUCGAGGUCGUUCCCUUCGCCUACGUCCAGGUCAUGGACCGGCUACAGAAGGCUGGCGGUGCCCCCGUUCUGCGCAUGGGCAAGGCCAAGGCCGGCCCCGUCGUCAGCGACAACGGCAACUUCAUCGUCGACUGCCCCUUCCCCGAGGAGAUGAUGCGCGACCCCUUCAAGCUCCUCACCAACCUCAAGCUCAUCACUGGUGUUGUUGAGGUCGGUCUCUUCUGCGGCCUCGCCAAGGGUGCCUACUUCGGCAACGAGGACGGCACCGUCACCAUUCGCACGCUCACCGGCACCGAGCAGAUCAAGGAGGUCCCCGCCGAGGCUCCUCUCAACUAA